ACAUUUUUAUAAAAAUCAAGCAGUGAUGCAUCUCUCGAAUAGAAUAUAAUUUUUUUUUUCCUUAUUGCAUUGCAUCUCAAGGGGCUCCAUUUAAAUAUUUUCUACGCUAUUGAAACCCUGCACUUAGCCUCAAAUUUUCUGUGUGUUGCCAUUUGUCUAAUUAUCUGGCCCGCGGCCCUUAGAUUGCAGACCCAUGGGCUUUGCAAACCACCUCACGGCGGGGAGGAGUCCAGCAACCUUUUUUCGUGUGAUUAUCGCCCACGGGAUUCAAACCUGGGAACACGCUCAGAGUACAGCAAUCAAAUGUCCGAUGCACCAUCCGUCGAACAAAAACAGGUUUGGCAAAAUUGUCCCCCUAUCGCUUUCUUUGACUUUUUCGCCCCCUUCUGUAUCGCUUUUGCAGAUCGGGCGCAAUAUCGCCUAUAUUGGGAACAACUGAUCUAGACAAAUACUUAUUAUUAACUUAUUGACACAAUGUUUAAUGUCGUUUGUGAGCUGAACUAGUAAAGUUGAAGCUAAUUUGUAAUAGAUAAACGUGUGUUUGUGCAUUUUAUCCUGAUAAAAAACCAAACUAAUAUUUUUAGAUCUUAGUUUAACGAUUAAAUUGUAAGUGUCUGUUAAUGUAUGAAGAUGAAUUCGAAAGUAAUAGACCAGGCUAGAGCAAAACAGUCAGAUCGUCUCAUGACAUCAUAUGACAGGUUCAAAGAGAAAGGGUUUCUUUGCGAUUUCAACAUCAACGUUGGUGAAAUAUCAUUCCGAGUGCAUCGUACUGUCUUGGCAGCCUCUUCAGAAUAUUUUGAAUCCAUGUUUUCAAGCAACUUGAAGGAAGUUCAUGAUGGUCACGUUAAUAUGAAGGAUGUCAAUCAGAAUGGGAUCGCACAAUGUGUAGAGUUCAUGUAUAAAGGAAAGGCAGAUUUGAAAAUAGAAAACAUUCAGCAUAUCCUGCAUGCUUCCAAUCUUUUACAAAUGGAGGAAUUAACGAAUCUUUGUUUUCAAUUCUUGGAAAUUAACAUUUCUCCAAUAAAUUGUCUCUCUGUAAUCAACUUGGCCCAAAUGUACGAUCGUCUUGAUAUAAAACAACAAGCCGUACAGGUCGUGAUUGAUAAUUUCGAAUCUGUUAUUUCUUCCGAGAUGUUUCCAUUCAUCACCAAAUCAGAUCUCUUGCAUUACAUAAGUAACCAGACUUACCAAACAUUAUGGAAAGCUGUGGUAACAUGGGCAAAAGGAAAAGAUAAUGUAGAUGUUUCUGAACUCUUCAAGAUCGAGCAAUUUCCCUUCAAAUUUCUUCUGGAAACUGUCCUCAAAGAACCCAUUGUUAAGAACAAUAAAACAGCUGAGAAAUCCGUAAUCACUGCAUUGUUUUCUGAUGUCAAAAAACUUGAGACAAACCUUGAUAUUGACAACUGCUUUAUCUUGAAGAAUCUCUCUGAAACCAAUCAAACUCCUAAACAAACGACAGUAAAAGAUUCCAUUAUUCUAUUCUUGGAGACAAAUUUUGAACAAAUUAGCAAGAAAAAGGAAUUUCUUGAUAUCAGCAAGGACGACAUACUGAGACUUUUCAAAUAUUCAGAAACAAAGUAUUCUUCUGAAGCUAUCAAAUAUGAGGGGAUGAUGAAAUGGGUGAAACAUGAUGUCAAAAACAGAAGAAAAAUCUUCCAAGAUCUAUUUAGCUUGCUGAAACUUGGAGAUUUAUCUCUCGAAUUCCUAAAAGAGACAGUUCGAAUUGAACCCUUAGUGAAAAAAUCAGAUAAAUGCAAUGAUUUGCUUAUCGAUGAAAUAUUUUCACGAGCAUCUUUAAAAGCUGAAGAAAAGCCGAAGGCAGAGCAACCUUUGGCUCUACCUGUUUCAAGCUCUUUAAAGGAUGAUGAGGAAGGAUAUUCUGCAUCUGGUUAUGGCACUGCCAGUUCCAGACCAGCUAAUGGUUCUGUAGUACGAAGCGCUCCAGAGAAGGAAGUUGUAAAAGUCAAAGAAGAGUUUGAAGAAAGAAUGAAGCAGAUGGAAUUAAAAUAUGAACAAGAAAAGAGGAAAAUGGAGAAAGAGAUAGAAAGGCUUAAAGGGAAAACCAAGGGUGCAGAAUCUCAGUCUUCAAGUCAAACUAAAUCUGGUCUAAGAAUCAUCAACCAACAACCAUCUGAUGGGAAGUGGUCAUGGGAUUGGUUGCAAGAAUCACUGCCAGGAUAUGAAGGAGAGGAGACUUUUGUCAUCACCUACUCAUUUCCUGCUGGAAGUCUGAAGGUGAGUUAUGAAACAAAUUUAUUUGUCGGUUGAGAAAUAAAUUAUAGAUUUAUUGAAAUCAAGAUUCUUAUUCAAGAAGGUUGUUGUUCUUAAUAUUAAUCCCCAUUGCACAUCAGCAUAUUUGAACAUCGAUUGAUUUAAAUUUCUUUCCUGAGUUAUUUAAAUACCAGUGCAAUAAAUGAAGAAUCAC